AUGUCAAAUCAAGAACAAGACCAAUUGGUCGACCAAUUUGUUACAGUGACCAAUUCAUCGAAGAGUUUAGCCGAGCAAUACCUCGCAAGAAAUGAAAAUGAUUUGAUUAAUGCAAUUGAAGAUUACUAUGCCACCUCAUCAAAUACCGAGAAUUCAGGGGCCGAUAACACGAAACCAACGCAGCCAAAAGCGUAUGUCUAUACAUUUAUAAUUACCCGCAGACUAGGGCAAGUUACUAACUAUUUUGUAGAUCAGGAGGGGUCAGAACAUUUAGGGAUUUGAAUAACAACGAAGAUGACGAUGAAGAGGAUAAGACAGAUACCAAUUUCUUUACAGGAGGAGAGAAAUCAGCGUUACAAGUGGAAGAUCCAAAUAAAAAGGAUGAUAAAAAGAGCGAGAAAUCGAUAAUUGAUCAGAUUUUUCAAAGAGCAAAGGAACAAAUGGACCAACCAGAUGAACGUUCUUCUGCACAUCAUGACCAACCAGACGAGGUUCGUAAGUUCACCGGAACAGGCUUCAAAUUGGGUGGAGAGAAUCAGCCAUCUGAACAGGUUGCGGACAUGAGUAAUCGUUUACCCAAAAAGCCUACCAAGGUCACCAGGGAGAUUACAUUCUGGAAGCAGGGAUUCACGGUAGGCAAAGGAGCCUUACAUAGAUAUGACGACCCAAGCAAUGCCAGUGUUUUGCAGGAAUUGAAUGCUGGAAGGGUCCCAAUGUCGUUGUUGGACGUGGAGUUCGGCCAAGACGUUGACGUGAGUGUAUUCAAGAAGACAGAUGAAGAUUGGGUUCCACCCAAGAGAAAAGUAGGAGGAUUCGCCGGCGAAGGUCAAAGAUUAGGCUCGCCUGUUCCAGGAGAAUCGUGUGGUGCAUCUCCUGCUCCAGAGGCUCAACCAGAGCCUACAAAAGAAACAAAACCCGAGGAUAAGGGUGAAGGUGACUCUUUGGUCCAAAUUAGAUUUGCAAAUGGUAAGAAAACUUCACACAAGUUCAACUCGACCGACUCUAUUACGAAAGUGUACGAUUUUGUGAGAACUCACCCUUUCACCGAAUCUGAUAAAUCCUUCAUUUUGACUCAUGCUUUUCCAGUCAAACCUAUAGAAGAAUCCAAUGAUUUAACUGUUGAAGAUGCUAAAUUAAAGAAUGCAGUGAUCGUUCAAAGAUGGAUAUGA